AUGUGGAAGUUUUCGAAGAUGCUGCUGAAAUUCAGCGCGACUGGUUCGCGACAGUUUAGUGUUUUAACUGUCCCGAUUUGCCCGUGCAGAUUGGACCACGGUCGUGUUUUUACUCAGAAGGUGCGAUGGGCAGCAGCACGGCCUCAGGCAGUCCCUGUAAUAGACCCAGCGAAACCUGUGGACGAGGUCGUCAAAACCGAGCGGAAGUUCGUCGAAGAAGACUCUGAGCCCCGGGAACGCAUUCCUCCCCACUCUUUGAAGCUAGUGGGCGCGGUUCCCAGCGAAAACCUGGGCUGGUACGAAUGUCACACCCCUGCGAAAAAGCUUCCUGCGGCGUAUUUGAAGCUGUCGAAAGCCAGGCUCUCGGCCCUGGUCAUCACGACUGCCAUGGGUGGAUACGCCUUGGCGCCGGGGGCUUUCGAUCCCGGUGUAGUGAUUCUGACGUGUUUGGGUACGGGGUUGUUGAGUGCGUCCGCGAAUGCUGUGAACCAGACGCUGGAGGUGCCUUUUGAUUCACAAAUGGACCGAACGAAGAAUCGCGUGUUGGUACGACGGCUGAUCACACCAUUGCACGCUGUGUCAUUCGCACUGGCAUCAGCAGCGACUGGAUUCUCUAUCCUGUGGUUUGGUGUCAACGGUCUGUGUGCAGGCUUGGGUCUUUUCAACCUGUUUCUCUACACGUCUGUUUACACACCAUUGAAACGGGUGUCGAUCUUCAACACGUGGCUGGGUUCCGUCGUGGGAGCCGUACCCCCGGUCAUGGGUUGGGUCGCAUGUACGGGUGCGCUGGACCCGGGCGCCAUCGCAACUGGGGUCGUUUGCAGUCUGGCAGCGCCCUUGCUUGGCGUGACGACGUGGACAUUUGCAGUGGACUCGUUGCCGUUGAAUGCGUAUUUAUUGUACCUUUCUUGGCGGUUUCACCAAGACCGCGACAGCAAGAGUUCUCGCAAGUUGUUUCGUUAUACUCUGGUCUACUUGCCGGCUGUGAUGAUGCUGAUGAUCAUCAGCAAGCGGGAAUGGAAAAAGCACACCCAGACACGUUCGGCCUCGGGCCACGGUUGA